UAUAUCUCAACUCCCCCCGAAUCUUCUGCAAUCUAACCUCUCUGGUUUCUCGUACCCAUUUGGAGAAAACUGUGAAAUAGAGCAGGAUUAUCAAGAUCAAAGAGAAAAACAGAGAGAUAGAGGGAGAUCAAAUAAAGAAGAUCGAUCGAGAAGAGGUGGGUAGGGAAGAGUCGGUGAUGGAAGGAUUGGAUGGGUUGAUAGAGAGGCUAUUGGAAGGAAGGAAUAACAGAGGGAAACGCAUUCAGCUGACGGAAUCUGAAAUCCGUCAACUUUGCAUCACUGCCAAACAAGUCUUCCUCAGCCAGCCUAUUCUCCUUGAAUUGGAAGCUCCAAUCAACAUUUGUGGUGACAUACAUGGUCAAUAUCCAGACCUCUUACGACUGUUUGAGUACGGUGGGUUUCCACCAGAUUCUAACUACCUCUUCCUUGGAGACUAUGUGGACAGAGGGAAGCAGAGUAUAGAGACCAUAUGCCUCCUCCUUGCUUACAAGAUCAAGUUUCCGAAUAACAUUUUCCUCCUUCGUGGGAACCACGAAUGUGCUUCCAUCAAUAGAAUUUAUGGGUUCUACGAUGAAUGCAAGCGACGCUUUAGUGUCCGCCUAUGGAAGACAUUUACAGAUUGCUUCAACUGCUUGCCUGUGACUGCAAUUGUUGAUGGCAAAAUUCUGUGCAUGCAUGGAGGACUUUCACCAGAAAUGGAUAGCUUGGAUCAAAUAAGAGCUAUAGAAAGGCCUGCAGAUGUGCCAGACCAGGGCCUCUUGUGUGACUUACUCUGGGCGGAUCCCGACAAAGACAUCCAAGGAUGGGGUGAGAAUGAUAGGGGUGUUUCAUACACCUUUGGAGCUGACAAGGUUGCUGAAUUCUUGAAGAAGCAUGACCUUGAUCUGAUAUGCCGCGCACACCAGGUAGUUGAAGAUGGUUAUGAAUUCUUUGCGGAUAGGCAACUGGUUACCAUAUUUUCUGCACCAAACUACUGUGGAGAGUUCAAUAACGCCGGUGCGCUCAUGUGUGUGGAUGCAAGUUUGCUCUGCUCAUUUCAGAUCUUGAAGCCGAGAGGAAAACAGGGUGAGCCAGAAUAGUUACUCAGAAAACGAGGGAAAGACACCAACAACAUAGUACCUUUAAUUCUAUGUACAAACUCUACUGUAAACCCCACAUUCUCAACACCCACGAACAAAACUCCCACAACAUGUCGGGUCAGGGACAAACGAGAUGUACUUCUAGGUUAUACCUUUGCAACUCUAACAGUCGACCACAUGUUCAAAACAAAAAUAUGUGCUUUUUCAUA